UAAAUGCAUCGUUGCGAGUUAGUAAUGUCCGUUGAUAGGACUACCAGAGCGGAAAGAGAGGGCGUCUACUAAUAUCCAUCAAUCAGUCUGGAAGAACAGCUGCGAGUGAUUCGCAAGAGUUAUUUAAACAGUCUUGAGCGCUCUUUGGUGCAUGAGCUACUGAUUCUUUUUCAAGCGUUUUAUGAAGGACAUUUUCGACCUUAAAAAGAUGAGUAUCCCCAAAGUGGCACAGCUAUUGGCAUUUCUCUUGAUCUUGCAACAAGCGAUAAUCAUCUACUCUUUUUCGCUAAACUUUCCGCCCAUUCGUGAUUAUGUAACAUUGGACAGUAACGAUAUCGGAGCAACGAAGACAGAAUUUGUUCGAAAAAGACCAACAGACAGUGAAUAUGAGGAUUCGUUAUGGAUAGGAGACGACAAAGACAAGAGAACAAGUCACAGGACUGCAAGAAUUUACAAAAACAAAUUUAACAAAUGUCUGAUAAUCAACAAUACUGGAAAAGUUGAAGCUUCCACGGGACACAUUUGCAACACUUAUGGAAGAUUUUGCCACAUAAGCAAUGGUAGCACAUUUCAACUCCUUGGGAUACGAACUGGGAGAUAUCUGGCUAUCGAUGACAACGCAAACAUCUACUCCACAACGAAUCGCCUUUCCAAGAACACCGAGCUUAGUUAUGAGCUGGGCAAUAUCUUGACCUACACACUUGGCAUAUACAGAAAGAAAAACAACAAAAAAUGCUACUUGGAAGUCCUUUCUAAUGCUGUGACACAGACUUGUUCUCUCAAGCCUAGAUAUCUCGAACCCAUCAAUGCUGGAACUUGUUAAAGUAUAUUUGUUUAGCAGAAGAAAAAAAAAGAUUAGUAUUAUUAACUGCAAAAGAAAAUGUUACUUCGAAAUGACUGUGCUCUUAUUAGGAUUAAAAUGUUCUAAUUAACGAUUA